AAACACAUAUAUUGAAAUAAGAGUUGCAGUGCAGAGUUUCGAAGUAAAAUAGCAGCAGGCGGCAGACGCCAGGGGGAGAUACUGACACAUUUUCCCACACGUUUUAAAUAUCAGGACCUUUAUUGUGAAGUGUGGGGUCAAAGUGUAGCCGGAAGUGUAGUCCUGUAGCUCAUUGGUUACUGUUUUGCAGUCUCAGGUAGGCAUGGCGGCGACUACAGCACCAGCGGUCCCUGAGCAAUCUCCUAAAUCUUCGCCACAUGUGCCAUUUGACUUAUCUCAGCCACCAGUUAUCGAAGGCUUCAGCCCUCUGCCGAGGGCCAAAGAUGAGACCUUUAAAGAGAAGUUCAUACGAAAAACAAAGGAGAACCCUUUCGUCCCCAUAGGUUGUUUGGGAACAGCAGGAGCGCUGAUGUAUGGUCUACGCGCCUUCCACCAAGGGAAAACCAGACAGUCCCAGCUGUUGAUGAGGGGACGUAUCUUUGCUCAAGGCUUCACUGUAGUUGCCAUCAUUGUUGGUGUCUUUACCACAGCUGUGAAAUCCAAGCCAUGAAGACGGACCAAUCACACACCUCCGCCACUGGUCUGCCACCGCCCGUUCCACUUAAAAAUCAGACCUGAUCUGGCUUGGAAUUGGACUGAUGGCAUCGUUCAGUUACUUUUGUUAAUGCCAACACUAUUUAUUGUUUGAAUCCUGUGAAUUGCCCAUGAUGAUAAAGUAUUUAGCUCCAGACAAAGUAUAAUCGGAUCCUUACAAUGUUGAAUUUUUACUUUUAUUGUGCUAUAAUAGCAUUGAAGCAAAAUGCUGAUAAAUAUAAAUUGUGUGUUUCUUGCUCUUCAUGAGAAUAGAUUUUGAAUGUUCCCAUGCAUUGUCACUGACAUGAACAUAAAACACCUGACUCAUA